UCCUCUGCACUUCUAUCUCAGCCCUGCAUAGAAGAAAAAGGGGGAACCGAGGAUUGCUGUGUUGCGCGACCUGAAAAUUCUUCACCUGUUUUUCGUGCAAAAACCCCCAGCGCUCCGCUGUGUCGCCACAGAAAACGCUUUGUUUUUUAAAGAUUGAUGGCUUGCUUUUCAAGUGAUGACAACAGCGCUGAUGUUUUCCACCGGCUGUGAUUCGGGAUCAGGCUGAAGGAAGAAGCACCGAGGCGCCGGCGCGCUCCAUCCACCGCUCGCCGUCUUCCUCGCGCUCCCAGCGGCUGCACGCCCGCUGAUGCUCGGCCUCUCCGCACGGAUGUGCCACGCUCCACUGCUGAAUAGCCCGUUCCUGGUGUCGCCGGAGAGAGGUCUAGGGACCACCUAUGGAAACUGGGGAUCAGAAUUUUAGGAAAAAGGAAAACUAAUCCGGCUUUUUUAAUUUAACAUUUGGCCCUGGUUUGGAGAGAAGGGGGUGUCGUCCCUGGUUGGUUUUGAAUCCGGCUCUUUCUGUUCGAGAGUGGCUGGUUGUCAUGGUACUGGCUGAUUAUUUAUCAUCCUGUCCUUGACUUUUCUUUAGGGGGGAGUGAUUGACUUGCUGCUGGAUUGAAUCAUUUCUGCCUUUCUCCCCUUCUGUCUUUUCAUUUCUUACACCAGACUCCAUAAUCCACCGAUGCACUUGGCUACACCAAGUUAGUCAUCCAGAAUCGUGUCAUCAUCUGUCGGGAAUCUCUGCUUUGGCUUCUCCCCCAUUUAAGUCCAGGCCACAUUUUCUUUCUUUUUUUUUUCCUGUUUUUUUAAAGAAAGAAAUCAGGCCGCGUAACUGUGCUAGUGUUAACAGCCCCCCUCCCCUCCGCCUCCCCUUUUCGGUAUGAAUUAAUUCGCACUGUGUGCAUGUGUGCAUGCUUGCCGCGUGUGCAGGUGUGUGUGAGAGUGAAAGUUCUGGCCCGAACUGUGCUGGCGGAUAACAGUGUGAUCCGGAAGAUUAUCGUGCUGUGAAAGAGAUUACUGUGAAUCUUUCAUAAUUUUCUAAAGAUUUUUAAAGUGUUGCCGGAAGACUUGAUCCCAGAACAAGUGGGAUCAAAGUUUGCGCCAGCUUGACUCAAGAAUUCCGAAAGCUUUGUCUGCGAACUUUGUUGUCAGGCCAGUUUGUUUGGUCAGGAAAUCCAAACAGCUCCCGGCAUCAAACCCUGAAAACAAACUUGUGAUUAUUUUUGUAGCUGGCUUGCUGCCCCCUCCAAAAACCAACCAUACGAUUUCCCCCGAGCUCCCCUAAUUCCCCCGCCCCCCCAGCGGCCCCCCGCUACCGUCGUCCACCCGACGCAGCCCACCCCCCGUUUUCCGAGCUGGCGUGGCGACGCAAACUCACAAAUAUUUACUUCCUGUACAUCAAGAGGAAAGGGGGCCCCCCUUUCGUGGAAUGCGGCAACAUGGGCGUGUUUGACCGCGGAGUUCAGAUGCUGCUAACCACGGUGGGGGCCUUCGCUGCCUUCAGUCUCAUGACCAUUGCCGUGGGGACAGACUACUGGCUGUAUUCACGUGGCGUCUGCAAAAUCAAGAGCACCAACGAGAACGAGACCAGCAAGAAAAACGAGGAGGUUAUGACACACUCUGGCCUGUGGAGGACUUGCUGUCUGGAAGGUUCCUUUAAAGGGAUGUGCAAGCAGAUCGAUCACUUCCCAGAAGACGCCGACUACGAGGCUGACGCUUCAGAGUACUUCUUACGGGCUGUGCGCGCAUCCAGCAUCUUCCCCAUCCUGAGUGUGAUCCUGCUCUUCAUGGGAGGCCUCUGCAUUGCUGCCAGUGAGUUCUACAAGUCACGCCACAACAUCAUCCUCAGCGCUGGCAUCCUCUUUGUAUCUGCAGGCUUGAGCAACAUCAUCGGAAUCAUUGUGUACAUAUCAGCCAACGCAGGGGACCCAUCCAAAAGUGACUCCAAGAAGAACAGCUACUCCUACGGCUGGUCCUUCUACUUUGGUGCUCUCUCUUUUAUCAUGGCCGAAAUGGUGGGCGUGUUGGCCGUGCACAUGUUCAUCGACCGCCAUCGAGAGCUGCGUGUGGGGGCACGAGCCGCCGACUACCUCCAAGGGGCAGCCAUCACGCGCAUCCCGAGCUACCGCUACCGCUACAGGCGUCGCUCACGCUCCUCGUCCCGCUCCACGGAUCCCUCGCACUCGCGGGAGGCUUCGCCCGUGGGGCUCAAGGCGUUCGGGGUGCUUCCGUCCACCGAGCUGUCCAUGUACACACUGCCCAAGGGCCAGACGGGGACGCCCACAGCCACUUAUAACUCCACGGAGAGGGACCACAACUUCCUGCAGGUCCACAACUGCAUCCAGAAGGAUCUGAAAGACUCUGGCAGCCACAGUAACACCGCCAACCGCCGCACCACCCCGGUAUGAAACUGACGGACCCCAGUUACCUCGAGCGAAUCAAGGGGGAGACAGAACGGACACAGGAUGGAUGAGGAAGCUCCGCAGGAUCUUGGAGGAUCUAUAAAAAAGAAACAUGCAUGAUUUUCCCAUCCACCAUUGUUUCAUGAGUUUGUUUGUAAAGACCGGGGGGGUGGGGGAAGUCGGGACGGAGGGAGGGGCGGCUGACCUGUCUGAAGGGAACUAUAUUUUUCAGUCUUCCCCAGCUAGAAAAAGAAAGGAGGGUGGAUUUCACCCUCCCUUCGCCGAGCCUAUGAUCCCACCCUCUGAUCCUCAAAAGCCCUGUGACCCCCCACCAUCUUUUCAUUUUCUCAUUUUAUUCUUUUUGAAAAUCAAUACUGUGAAUCAAUGCGGUGUGAGAUUUUACCAUGGUUCAGGCCGCCAAAAAAAAAAUUUAAUAUAUGUAUUAAUUCUAUAUAAAUAUAUAUGUUAAUAACUCAUGACAAGACCUCCCUGGCGCAAAAACAACUCCGAGAAAAAUAAAGUGAGGGGCUUCAGCAUACUUGAUAAACCAGUUACUAUUAUCGCGUUGUUUAAAAAUAAAAGAAAAACAAAAACCUUUUGGCCUUUUCGCCAGAACAUCCAGCAGACAUCCUUGUUCCAGGACAGUAGACGAGUGAACUCUGGGUGAUGGAGGAUCUCAAACUGUCCACUAUGAAGCGCCGCUACUGCCAAAGACACAAAGUAGCGCAUGCAAGAACUUGGCGACUCCGAGGAGAAAAAAAAAAAGAAAAGACAAUUCAUGCAUGCUAAUCAAAAACCAUCCGAUCUGCUUUUAAGGAACUUGAAAAAUGAAACCAUGUAAGGGGCAAGUGUGCGUGGCAAUGUAGAAUUUAAUGUAACAGUACUGUGUCUCUUUCGUUUUUCUUUUUUUUUUUUUUUUUUACUGGGGAGGGGCUUCAUUACGCUUUGGAGGGGAAGAAAUCUUGCUUUUCAUAUAUUCUUUACGUUUUUUCACACGGCCUUAGUCGACAUUUGUUUGUCUCAUAUGAUUUCUUGUUCUUUAUGUUGUUGUAAAUGAGAAUUUGAAAAAAAAAGAAAAAAAAAGCGUAAUGUCUUUCAAGGUGCCAAAACUGAAUGAUUCUGAACUUGGAUGCAUCAAGUCCUGAUGAUUAAAAAGUCGAACCCCCCCUGCAGGGAACA